AUGGCUAUCAAGGAUAAACUGAAAAAAGUGAAGCAGAAGCUGACUCCACGAUCAUCUUCGAGUGAAGGAGAGCGUAGUUCGAAGAACAAAGAUGAUGAAGAGAAUUCUGACAACGAUUCCAAAAGUUCCAAUAACACUAGUAAGACAAGUAAAUCAAGUAAAAGAAGUAGUGAGAGGAGCAAUGAAAAAUCUGGAGUAACGGACAUUUCGGAAGACGAGGGAUCAGAUAUCGAAUUGUUGCCUGAUGAUGGGAAGAAUUUCGGGAAGAGAAAACUUCAGGAUACUGAUAAACCGAGUACAUGGAACAUUUUGAUUCGAGUUAUUGAAGCAAAAGAUGUCAGCACAGGAUCCGCUCGAGUUCGUACAGUUUUCGAUGGUCAAUCGAAGAUGACACGAACUGUGACUCAUGCAAUUCCAAAAUGGCGUCAGAAUAUUCUAUAUACUCAGAAAAAUGUUUCAUUGGACAAACUGGCAUCAAAAAUUCUUACUCUUAAGCUGCAACGCCCAACAACUCUCGGAGAGACCAGCAUCGGAGAAUUCUCUUGUUAUUUAUCCGAAGUGAUUCACUCACCUGGUCGAUCUGUUGUGGCGAAAUGGGUUGCUCUAGGGUUUCCCGGAAUGGAAAACGAAGAAUCGGAUGAUUUUGCAUGUGAGAAUUGUGGAUUUCUGAAAGUAACUCUGUCGGUUUAUCGUCUCGAUGAAUCCCCACCACAGUUAAUUGAUGACGAUGGAAAAGAGCAAAUCUGGAGUGGAGCACAUCUCAGUGAUUACACUUUGAAGAUUCGACUUUUUUCUGUUGAGCAAUUGAUUCGUAAAAUGAUAAAUGAGAAGAAGUUGAAGAAGAGACAAAAAUUUUACGUGACAGUGGAAUGUGGUGGACAUAAAACAGAAACAACUCAUGAAACUGCUUGUCUCGAUGAUGAAAGCAAGGAAGAUAAAGACAAUAAUUCUGUCUAUUCUGUUAAAUUCCAACAGGAGAUUUAUGUUCCCAUUCAGUGGCCAACUGUUAUUUCAGAAUUAAUCUUUUCAUUGUAUUCAAAACGAGGACGUUCUAAAACAUGCAUAGGAAAAGCCACAAUUCCAAUGAAACUGAUUUACGAACCAGGAGAAACUGGGUUUCUUCCAACAUUCGGACCAUCAUAUGUCAACGUUUUCGAUUGUGAACGAGUUACUCGUUUCAGUUUAUUCUCGAAAAAGAAUAGAGGAGCACAACAGGAUGGAAGCAGAUUCAUUGCACGUCUAUUUCUUUCCAUUGACUGUGUUGAAUUCAUGGGAGAAUCUGCUGCUCACCGAAUGCAUCUUGAUCAUUCUCCAAUCAUGGAAGCUGAAUCCAUCUCUAACGAAACAGGAUCGUACAAUGCUUUCUGUUCGAUGAGUGCUCUCAAUAUGAUAAAUCCACAAUUCGCAUCAGAUCCCAUUUACGUAAUGAUGUCAAUUGGUUCACAUGGAAGCAUCAGUUCUGAAGAGAAAACAUGCAGUAGUUCAACACUUCCUGCCGAACCAAAUUGGGAUGGCUGCAAAUACUUUUCUAUGCCAUGGGGAAAUCUGCGUCCAGUCACUGAAGUACAUGGCUCCUUUGAAUCAAUUGAUUAUCGAAUUGAAGUGAGCAAUGUAUUGAUGAAAGCUACGAAUAUGUUGGAUAAAAUGAUUUGGGAAAUUCAAAGAAUAGGAAACGGAGCAAUCGAUCAUGUUGCAUCAACUGGAAUCGAUACGUUGGAUAACCUGAAAGAGAUGAUAAAAUCAACUACAGUUUAUCUCAAUCGUGUGAGCAAUCUGGCAAGAAAUGAUCUUGAUAGGAGUUGGCUGUCUUCUCGUAAAGAGAAAAUAGUUAAAUUGAAAGAGCAUUUUGAGAAGGAAGGUCUAGAAGUUGAUUAUUCUGAUGGAGAAGUUGAUGCAAAACUGCUGAGAACUCUACUUCAAAUCAGAUCUCUCACAGUUGAACUGGCCGAAGACGUACAAAUUAGUAUUCCACCAGUAGUCAUAAAGAUGAUGUCAUAUGGAAAACUGAUUGGAUUUGCUAAAAUUCCGAUUUCGGAAAUAUUCCAAUCAAACGAAUAUGCUGAAUCUGGUGAAUGGUGUGGAAGAACGAGACCAAUUAACAUCCAGUGGCCGACUCUUCUUGAUCAGAGAAAUCGGAAAAAGGAGUUUGUCGCCGUUCUUCACGCGAAAAUGUGGUUUGGACCUAAGAACAGAUUGAACGAGUGGAAGAAUCAUGUGGAGCCAGCUGAAGUGAGAAGAUUUGUGGAAGUGUAUGAGAUGCAAUCGAAAGGACUCACUCAGAAAUGGAAGGAUAAUGAUACCGAUUUGUAUGAUGGAAAUGGAGAGAAGAUUGACGGUGCACCUUCAUUGGACGAAGAUCGACAUCCCAUUGGUCCCUGGAUUGUGAUGAAUACAAGAGAGAUGUUUGUUCCAGAACUGGGAUAUAAAACAAUUUAUGACAAACUGUUCGAAGUACAAAAGAAAACAGACGGAAAAUGGAAACUCUUCCAAUAUACAGAUAUUCAUGGAAAAGAACUAAAUCCAGAAGCACUCGAGAAGGCGUCCAUUGGACUCAGAAAAUCCAGUUGGAUUGCUGACAAACUGAGGAAUAAUGGAGAUGAAAAAGGAUAUGUUUAUUCUACCAGUGGAGCAUUGUUUGGAGAUCAAGUGAACAACGAUCGAAAGGAAAUGGAAUUCCACAAAUUCAGAAUGAGAUGCGUGAAAAGACCUAGAAAAAUAGAGGAUUAUGACAAGAAACUUGAUGACUUGGAGUUUUGUCGAUCCCAAAUGGAAGAUACAAACUGGGAAUACACCUCUGUUAAGAAGGAAGGACCCUAUCAUGAUGGAGAGUAUGGGGCUGAUAAAUACAGAAGAAGACGAUACAUUCGAGAAGUGGAGCAAAACGAUUCUCCUGAUGAAGAUCCAAGAUUUCGUUUGUACGAAUAUCAAGCACAAACUGCAAAAUGGCAACUACGAUGCUACAUUAUGUGGGCGAAUGACCUGCUUCCUGUCGUCAAAAAUUCCUCUCGUGCUUUCGUUCGUGUUUCUUUUGUCCAUCAAACAAAACAAACGUUGCUCGUGGAUAAUUCUCAGAAUCCGCUUUGGAGUGAAACAAUCAUGUUCAAGUCGAUUUUGAUAGCUGGUGGAACUCAUGAUAUUAUGAGAAACCCUCCAGUUAUCUCUGUCGAAGUAGUUGGAGAGUGCACGAAUAAUGAAGAAGCGAAUCUCGGAAAAUUCGAGACGACCCCAACUGUUAUUUGUUCGAAUAGAGAUCAUCGUGGUACUCCUAGGUGGUUUCCAUUGAGAUUCUCUAAAGGAAGAACUCGUGGAGCAGUUUUGGCUUGUUUUGAGUUAUACCAAGAAGAGGAAAAAGAUCUUAUUCCAUUGGAACCGGGGAAGAAACAUAAUGCAAAAGAAAGAAAUGAAAUUCCACUUGAAUUUCGACCACAAUUCGACAAAUAUCAUAUUCAAUUUUUGUGUUGGGGUGUCAGAAACUUGAAGAAGCAUAAGCUUCUUUCUGUCCGUCGUCCAUUCGUUGAACUGGCAAUUGGAGAUCAAGAAUUCACCUUGGACCCUCUGAAAGAUGUUCGUAGAAAUCCGAACUUCCCAGAACCAAUGAUCGUUUUUGCUGAAGUGAAUCUUCCGUCUGCUCUCGAACUCUCUCCUCCAUUCAUCAUCAAUCUUUUCGAUUCAAGAUCAUUCAACCGAAAACCACUGGUCGGAUGUUGUUUGAUAUCUGAUCUUCAUAAAUAUGUAUCCUACAUCAUUCCAAAGACCAAAAGUGAUCAAGCCGAGAAAUGGGAGGAACUAGAAGAUUUGAUAGCAGGGGAACAUGAGAAGAUUGCAAAAAUGGUGAAGAUUCCAUCACUUACGAAAGACAUAAUGGUUCCAUUGGACUGGUGGAGCCGUUAUUAUGCUUCAAUGUCACAAUUUCAUCGAUCACCUGGAUAUCCGGAAUCUGGUAUGGAGUACUUGAGAGUUUUCCGUCUUCCACUCGAAGAAAUGAACGGAUACAAUCAUUUCACGGAUUUCUUGGAUACCUUUCCAUUCGUUAAAUCAAUGAAAGGAGACUUCGACGAUCCAGAAGAAAAAGAGAAAGCAGGAGAACUGAAAUGCCGACUCUUGAUUUCUAAAAUCAAGAAAGACAAACCACCAGCAGCAAUCAAUCCAGUUGUUGACUUCGUUGGGCCAACUGAAUGUGUUGUUCGAGUUUACAUAAUUGAGGCGAAUGGAUUGAUUUCAAAUGCUCGAAAAGGGCGGAUCGAUUCAUAUGUUAAACUUCGUUGUGGUAAACAAAAAGUGAACCUGAAAAAGAAUUAUCGGGCUGAAUGUUGUGAUCCCAUAUUUGGAGAGAGGAUUGAUAUGAUGGUCACAAUUCCAUUAGAAAAAGAUCUCACGAUCACUGUGAUGGAUAAAAGAAGAAUUCUCUCGGAUCAAGAAAUUGGUUCGACAACGAUUGAUCUUGAGAACCGUCUUCUAACUAAGUGGAGAGCAACAUGCGGUCUCAGUGGGCAGUAUACUGUACACGGAGAGCAUCAAUGGAGAGAUCAAAUGACUCCUUUGGAGAUACUAAAAUCGUUAGUUAAAAAAUAA